GUUACCCAUAAAGCUUUGCACGUAAGACAAGCCAGUCGGCAAACCCGCCGUGUUAUUCCAUUUACGGCCUAUUGCAAGGCUUGUUUCCCUUUAGUCUAAAGCUCGGCUGAGCCGAGAACCACAAACAUGCCACCAAAGAAGCCAGUACCGGUUGGCCCCAGCAAAAAAACUGACCAGAAGAAGAAGGAGAAAAUAAUUGAGGACAAGACUUUUGGUCUGAAGAACAAGAAGGGAGCUAAGCAGCAGAAGUUUAUUAAAGCUGUCACUCAUCAAGUCAAGUUUGGUCAGCAGCCUGCUCGAUUGGCUUUACCGACUGAUCCUGAUAAGAAAGGCAAGAAAGAUGACAAGAAGAAAGAACUGCAGGAGUUAAAUGAGCUCUUCAAACCUGUGGUAGCAGCACAGAAGAUUAGUAAAGGAGCCGAUCCAAAAUCAGUAGUAUGUGCUUUUUUCAAACAAGGCCAGUGUUCAAAAGGUGACAAGUGCAAGUUUUCCCAUGAUCUGUCCUUGGAAAGAAAAUGUGAAAAACGAAGUGUUUACAUAGAUGGAAGAGAUGAAGAUCUUGAAAAGGGUAUGCAAAUAUUUUCUAGAAGCUAUAGAAAAUAAUAAGUAUGGAUGGUUUUGGGUCUGUCCUGGUGGAGGUGAUCUCUGUAUAUAUCGUCAUGCUCUACCGCCUGGAUUUGUAUUGAAGAAGGAUAAAAAGAAGGAGGAAAAAGAAGAAGAAAUUUCACUGGAAGAUCUAAUAGAAAAAGAGCGUGCUGCAUUAGGACCAAAUGUCACCAGAAUUACAUUAGAAUCUUUUCUCGCUUGGAAAAAACGAAAACGGCAAGAAAAAAUUGCAAAGGCUGAACAGGAAAUGGAGAAGAGAAAAGCAGACUUCAAAGCUGGAAAAACACUUGGGAGUACAGAGAUAGUGGAGAUGAAGGAUAUUGACUUGGAACGAUUUAUUCCCAAAGAAGUGGAUGUUGCUGGAAUCACAGUGGCUAGUCAGGACAGAUUCACAACAUAUGUCCCACCAACGCAGACAGAUGAUAACAAGUUAAGUGAAGCCUCUGGAGGAACAGAAAAUGGGGAAGUAAGCGACUCUGAUGAAGAAUGUCAAGAAAAUGGUGAAUUAGACACUAUACCUGUAGAUGAAAACCUUUUUACUGGAGAGGACCUAGAUGAACUUGAAGAGGAACUGAGCAAUAUUGAUUUGGAUCAGUGAGACCAUGGAAUCAUCCAUAGCUUUCUUGAGGACUGAAACUGUUUACUUAAGUAACAUCAUGAUCUUAAUGUUCGAACUUUUGAUGGUCUGCCUUGAUGCUUACAGGAAAGCAUAAAAUAAACAAGACAGUGGGUUACACUUUCUUUCCUGUGACUACCUUAUGAUGGUAAUUUUUGUAAAUUGACAAGUAAUGGUCAAGAAAGCAAGUGAUCUUGAAUCUGUCAGUUGAACAAAGAGCUUGAAUGCCUUUCUGUGGAUGAUGGAUCUUAAAAGUGCAUUUUAAUAACUAAAAACUUGCAUUUAAGCAAGACCAGCGGUGGAGCUGCAUCCUGAUAAAAAUGUAGCUGCAGCCCUUAACUGAUUUGGUUGAAAAACAGACGUGAAAGAUAAAGGUUCUAAGCCAAUAGCAAAACUGAUGUUAUAAAUUUACCUUCCAUCUUCUUACCAAGAGAAGUUUUGUAAAUAAAGAUUAUAUAUUAACUGAAA